AGCUCUUGCUCUCAGACGGCAACACACAAACACCUGAGAGGAACUAGCUGGUGGGCUGCUGGACUCUGGAAGACGGACCGUACCGAAAGCCUUCAGCGGGCCGCGAUGGGCUCUGUCUAGAGCUGAGAAUGGCAGCAGGCUGGUGGCGGGGGCUGUGCCUCCUGGCGGUUGUGGCUGCUCCGUGUCGAGGCGUUAAACAGUGUCUGGAAGGGGUCACCAUCAACGUGAUCCUGCUGGAGGACGAGGAGUCUCCGUGGAGUCUGAGGCUCGUCAAGGACAAGAUUCUCAGGGCAAUUGAGACGGAUUCAACCAUUAAUGCUGCAGAAGGGACAAGAUUUAAUCUCACGGCCAAGUUUGGCGGCUUCAGACCGACCUUUUACCAGCAGACAGGAUGCAAGAGCGGCGCGUGUGAGGCAGUGGACGAGCUGAAGAGCCUGAUGAGAACGGGCUCUCUGGGAUGCGCCGUGCUCGGCCCCGCCUGCACCUACGCCACCUUCCAAAUGUUUGAUGCGGAGCAGGGCCUGAAGCUCAGCACGCCCAUCCUCUCGGCGGGAAGCUUCGGCCUCUCCUGCGACGACAUGCUCAACCUCCAGCGCCUGCUGCCGCCGGCGCGCAAGGUCUCUGACUUCUUCAUCGGCUUCUGGGGGGACAGCAACAAGAUCAAACCCGUCUGGAAGACGGCCUACCUUUACAAGAAGCAGAGCAACACUGAGGAUUGCUUCUGGUACAUUAAUGCACUGGAUGCAGAGUCUGGCGAGUUUGCCGGCGCCGUCGGGAGGACGGUGCUGCGCCAACCGGACGAACUGAAUCGUGUGCUGGAGUCACCCAAGAACAGGACAAGCAACCUGUUCAUCAUGUGUGGAUCCCCAGCGGACAUAGAGGAGGUGAAACGAGGCUGCAAACUUGCAGACAACAGUGAUAUUCUCUUCGUCCUCAUUGACCUCUUCAAUGAUCAAUACUACACCAACAAAUCCUCAAUGCCGUUCAUGAGGAACGUGUUGGUGCUGACGAUGCCAAACACCAGAAGCUACACCAUCAGCACGGACCCGAGAGACAACCACACGAUGAAUGACUACGUCGCCGCGUACCACGAUUCCGUGCUGCUGAUCGGCGAGGUGAUGAGGGAAAUUCUGAGAAAAACUCCGUCAGAGAUUCAGCAGAUGGAGUUUGUCAAUGUGAAUUACUUCCGUAACAUCUCCUUUAAUGGAAGUGCUGGAAACUACAAGCUGGACGAGCAUGGAGACCGAGACGUGAACCUGUCAGUCAUUUACACCACUAACGACAUGAAGUACAAACCUUUAUUCUCAUUCGACACCGAGCUCGGGAAAACCAAAGUGGAGGAAACGGACCCUUCCUUCAUCUGGGGAACGAAGCUUCCUAAUUUCCAGCCAGACAAAGACCUGGCAUUUCAUGACAUCAUCGUCAUCGUGCUGGCUGUAACCGUGGUUGUCGUGGCCACCAUCGCGUUCAUUUUCUUCAAACAGAACAGGAGAGAGCGUCAGCUCCGCCAGCGCUGGUUCCACAUCUCCUCUGAUCUCGUGACACUGCUGGAGAAAGACCAGCUGAACGUCGUCUCUCUGAAGAUUGAAAACGAGAGGAAAAACAAGCAAUUCCAGAUCCGCCGUGCGCUCUACGAUAAGAAGGUUGUGAUUCUGAAGGAGCUGGAGUACUCGGAAGGCGACAUCAACCAGAUGAUGGGACUGAACGCACUCAAACAAAUCGAUUACUCGAACCUCACUAAGUUUUAUGGCACAGUGAAGAUCGACCAGAGUGUGUUCGGGGUGUUUGAGUUCGGGGAGCGGGGGUCGCUCAGGUAUGUGCUGAAUGACACCGUAUCGUACCCAGAAGAGACCUUCGCCGACCUGGAGUUCAAGAUCUCCGUCAUGUACGACAUCGCCACGGCCAGCAGGGGGCCGUGGAGCUCGCCAAUGACUCACUGCUCCUUGAGUCUGAAGCCCUGUGUGAACCCUCCGUUUCAGGGCAUGUCCUACCUCCAUGCCAGCAACAUCCAGGUCCACGGUCGCCUCAAGUCCACUAACUGCGUGGUGGACAAUCGGAUGGUGGUGAAGAUCACAGACUUUGGCUGCAACAGCUUUCUCCACCCGGGGGAAGACUUGUGGACCGCCCCGGAGCAUCUGAGGAAACGCGGCACCUCCCAGAAAGGAGACGUGUACAGCUUCGCCAUCAUCGCACAGGAGAUCGUACUCAGGAAGUGCACCUUCUACACGGAGAGCUGCUCCGGCCGAGCAGAAAAGCUUUCCAGGGUCAUCAUGUCCUACUUCAGACCGGAUCUCAACUUUGAGACGGCCUCGGAGAGAGAAUUAAAGGUCUACAUGUUGAUUAAAAGCUGUUGGGAUGAGGAUCCAGAAAAAAGACCUGACUUUAAGAGGGUGGAAACGUGUUUGGGGAAAAUCAUCAGUGAAAUUCACAACCGGGACAACGAGAGCUACAUGGACAACAUGAUAAGAAGACUGCAGAUGUACUCCAGGAACCUGGAGCACCUGGUGGAGGAGAGAACGGCCCUCUACAAGGCGGAGAGGGACAGGGCGGACUGCCUCAACUACAUGCUGCUUCCUGGCCCCGUGGUCAAAAGCCUGAAGGAGACCGGCGCCGUGGAGCCGGAGCUCUACGAGGAGGUGACGAUAUACUUCAGUGACAUCGUGGGCUUCACCACCCUGUGCCAGUACAGCACACCGAUGGAGGUCGUGGACAUGCUCAACGACAUCUACGGCGGCUUCGACACCAUCGUCGACCACCACGACGUGUACAAGGUGGAGACGAUUGGCGACGCCUACAUGGUGGCCUCGGGGCUCCCCAAGCGGAACGGGAACCGCCACGCGGUGGACAUCUGCCGCAUGGCGCUGGAGAUCUUGGCGUUCAUCGGCAACUUCCAGCUGAGACACCUGCCGGGGAUCCCGGUGUGGAUACGCAUCGGCGUCCACUCAGGUCCCUGCGCUGCGGGGGUCGUGGGGAUAAAGAUGCCCAGGUACUGUUUGUUUGGCGACACGGUCAACACGGCGUCUCGCAUGGAGUCCACUGGACACCCUCUGCGGAUCCACGUCAGUCAGCCCACGAUAGACAUCCUGCAGAGGACGGACUGCCACUUCGAGUAUGAGGUCCGAGGAGAAACGUACCUGAAGGGCAAAGGCGCCGAGACCACCUGCUGGUUGACGGGCGAGAAGGGCGAGGACUACGACCUGCCGACCCCACCCACCACUGAGAACUUCCAGCGGCUCCAGCAGGACCUCGCCAACAUGACCCUGGCGUGCCUGGAGCGGCGCUCUCGGGGCUCCGUCCGGAGGAAGAAGGCUCUGCUCUCGAGGCGGAGCGAGGAGGGCGGCGGCGGCGGCGGGGAGUCGGAGGCGGAGUCUGAGAGCGACCAACCCGAGUACCUGCAUCUGGCCACUGUGGACAACACACUCAGCACGUUCCUGUAGCUCCAGCCACGUGGUGUCAACCUUUCCUACUGCUUAGUCUAAACUCUGGUUAUACGGAUAUUAAACGAUCCUGAGUACACAAAAUACAAGAAAUUACAAUAUACUCCCACUGUCUAAUAAGGCCUUUAUAUAUUUUGUAUAAUGAUGGAUUUAUCUCAGAAGCAAUGGACAGGAAAAUAAUAACCGGAGGGUGGAGCUUGAUUGUUCUCUCUCUCUUUUACUUGUACUUUAUUCCUGCAAAGCACUUUUUAAUCAUUUUCUAUGGCGCUUUACUAAAUAAACAUUUUAAAAAGUAUUUCUUUUGUUUCAAAUCUAUAGAUCCAGGCCCUUUAAUAUAUAUUAAUAUCCCCUUAAAAGUUAUAAACAAUGCUCUAAAGAAACUUAACGCAGUUAUUUACUGAGUGAAAGGACAAGAUGUUCAUCAAGUGACUUAUUCCUUCUCACAGCAAAGUAUGGGAAUAACUUGAAGGAGAUCUUAUCUUAUCACAUGGACCACAGUCACUGGAACAUUUCUACCUGAGG